CUGCAGGCUCCCUCCUUCUUGCUGUCGCUGCCGAGAUCGACGGUCGGGUCGCAGCUCCGUGAGCCCCUGCUGCAGGGAACAAGCAAGGGGACCUCCAGGGAGCUCAGGGCUGCCAAGACACGGUAGCUCUGCCCUGUCUUGAGAACUCCCCUCCCAGGGUCAGGGACAGAGCAGGUGCAGAGGCACUGCAGCCGCUUGUUGCCCAGCCUCCUGAGUGAUGCCAGCCCAAUGGUUCCUAAUCUCCAGACUGGCCUUCCUGGUACUGCUGGGCACAGUCAGAGCAGGCCCUUUCUCUCCACGGUCCAAUGUGACACUCCCAGCCCCACGCCCCCCUCCCCAGCCAGGAGGCCGCACAGUGGAGCCAAUAGGGGGAAGCCCCUCUUCUCGGCUUUAUGAGCACAAUGUGGAAGGAGGGGAGAAGCAGGUGGUGUUUACCCACCGCAUCAACCUGCCCCCUUCAUCUGGCUGUGGUUGUCCCCCGGGCACGGAGCCCCCAGUCCCUGCUUCAGAGGUGCAGGCCCUGAAGGUCCGGUUAGAGAUCCUGGAGGAGCUGGUGAAAGGCCUCAAGGAACAGUGCACUGGGACAUGUUGUCCUGCCGCUGCCCAGGCUGGCACAGGCCAGACAGACGUUCGUAGCCUCUGCAGUCUCCAUGGCGUGUUUGACCUGAGCCGCUGUGCCUGCUCCUGUGAACCAGGCUGGGGUGGGCCCACCUGCUCAGACCCUACAGGCGCUGGGGUGCCCCCAUCCUCCCCACCCUCAGGCUCCGGGUCCUGCCCAGAUGACUGCAACGAUCAGGGUCGCUGUGUCCGCGGGCGCUGCGUGUGUUUCCCUGGCUACAGCGGCCCCAGCUGCGGCUGGCCCUCCUGUCCCGGGGACUGCAACGGCCGCGGGCGCUGCGUGCAGGGCGUGUGCGUGUGCCGGGCUGGCUUCUCUGGCGACGACUGCAGCCUGCGCUCGUGCCCCCGGGGCUGCAGCCAGAGGGGGCGCUGCGAGGACGGGCGCUGCGUGUGCGACCCAGGCUACACUGGCGACGACUGUGGGAAGAGGAGCUGCCCUAGAGGUUGCAGCCAGAGGGGGCGCUGCGAGAACGGACGCUGCGUGUGCGACCACGGCUACACCGGCGAGGACUGUGCGGUGAGGAGCUGCCCCCGGGGCUGCAGCCAGAGGGGCCGCUGCGAGGACGGGCGCUGCGUGUGCGACCCCGGCUACACCGGCGACGACUGCGGCUCGCGGAGCUGCCCGUGGGACUGUGGCGAGGGCGGGCGCUGCGUGGACGGCCGCUGUGUGUGCUGGCCUGGGUACGCGGGCGAGGACUGCGGCACCCGGACGUGCCCGCGAGACUGCCGGGGCCGCGGGCGCUGCGAGGACGGCGAAUGCAUCUGCGACGUAGGCUACAGCGGGGACGAUUGCGGAGUGCGCAGCUGCCCGAGCGACUGCAACCAAAGGGGCCGCUGCGAGGACGGCCGCUGCGUGUGCUGGCCGGGGUACACGGGGCCUGACUGUGGCUCACGCGCCUGCCCCCGCGACUGUCGGGGCCGCGGGCGCUGCGAGAACGGCGUGUGCGUGUGCAACGCAGGCUACAGCGGCGAGGACUGCGGGGUGCGCAGCUGUCCCGGGGACUGUCGCGGCCGGGGCCGUUGCGAGAGUGGCCGCUGCGUGUGUUGGCCCGGGUAUACAGGUCGAGACUGCGGCACGCGCGCCUGCCCCGGCGACUGUCGUGGGCGCGGCCGCUGCGUGGACGGCCGCUGCGUGUGCAACCCGGGCUUCGCGGGCGAGGACUGCGGGAGCCGUCGGUGCCCUGGGGACUGCCGCGGUCGCGGCCGCUGUGAGGACGGCGUGUGUGUGUGCAACGCGGGCUACGAGGGAGAGGACUGUGGCGUGCGCAGCUGCCCAGGAGGUUGCCACGGUCGCGGCCAGUGCCUGGACGGGCGCUGCGUGUGCGACGAUGGCUACUCAGGCGAGGACUGCAGCGUAAGGCGGUGCCCGCGCGACUGCAGCCAGCACGGCCUGUGCCAGGACGGUGUGUGCACCUGUUGGGAGGGCUACGCAGGCGAGGACUGUGGCCUUCGUACCUGCCCCUCCAACUGCCACCAGCGCGGCCGCUGUGAGGACGGGCGCUGCGUGUGCGACUCGGGCUACACUGGGCCCUCCUGUGCCACCCGCACCUGCCCGGCAGACUGCCGGGGCCGUGGGCGCUGUGUGCAGGGAGCGUGCGUGUGCCACGUGGGCUAUAGCGGCGAGGACUGUGGGCAGGAGGAGCCUCCCGCCAGCGCCUGCCCUGGGGGCUGUGGGCCCCGGGAACUGUGCCGUGCGGGCCAGUGUGUAUGCGUCGAGGGCUUCCGAGGACCGGACUGCGCCAUUCAGACGUGCCCCGGGGACUGCCGCGGCAGGGGAGAGUGUCGUGAGGGCAGCUGCGUCUGUCAAGAUGGCUAUGCAGGGGAGGACUGCGGGGAAGAGGUGCCAGCCAUCGAGGGCAUGAGGAUGCACCUCUUGGAGGAGACGACGGUUCGGACAGAGUGGACCCGGGCUCCUGGCACUGUGGAUGCCUAUGAAAUUCAGUUCAUUCCCACGACAGAGGGGGUGAGCCCCCCAUUCACAGCACGAGUACCCAGCUCUGCCUCAGCCUAUGACCAGAGAGGACUGGCUCCUGGCCAGGAGUACCAGGUCACUGUCCGUGCCCUUCGAGGGACUAACUGGGGCCCUCCUGCUUCCAAGACCAUCACCACCAUGAUCGACGGCCCCCAGGACCUCCGAGUGGUGGCUGUGACACCAACCACACUGGAGCUCAGCUGGCUGCGACCCCAGGCUGAGGUGGACCGAUUCGUGGUGUCCUAUGUCAGUGCUGGCAACCAGAGGGUGCGGCUGGAGGUACCCCCUGAGGCAGAUGGAACACUGCUGACCGACCUGAUGCCAGGCGUGGAAUAUGUAGUGACUGUCACUGCAGAGCGGGGCCGGGCAGUAAGCUACCCGGCUUCUGUCAGGGCCAACACAGCACCCGGCCACUACAGUUACCCGGAGGUUCGCCCCCCAGCCCCGCCCCCCAAGCCCCGCCCCCGGCCUGCUCCGGCCCCGCGGGCCCCUCGGCCCUCACGUCCCGCUAGGCCCUCGCGGCCGGCGGAGGAUGGGGAGGAGGAGCCUCGGCCUGGGCCUAGCCUGCCGCAGCCCCCCCGGCGGGCGUGGGGCAACCUGACCGCCGAGCUGGGCCGCUUCCGCGGCACCGUGCAAGACCUGGAGCGCCACCUGCGGGCUCAUGGCUACCCACUGCGGGCCAACCAGACCUACGCGUCGGUGGCGCGCCACAUCCACGAAUACUUGCAGCGGCGUCGGGCGGCUGCCGCCCCCGUCGGCUCCCCGGCCCCCCCGCCCCGUCGCCCCCGCCCCACCGCCAGCCCCGACCCCGGCACCUGGAAGCGGGACUCCAACCAGGGCAUCUACGGCCUCUCGCCCGAAGGCGUCGAUCGGGUGGCUGCGCCCCGCCACCCCAAGCCUGAGGUCCUGGGCAGUUCCGCGGACGGCGCACUACUCGUAUCCCUUGAUGGGCUUCGCGGCCACUUCGAGCGCGUGGUGCUGCGCUGGCGGCCCCAGCCGCCGGCAGAGGGCCCCGGCGGGGAGCUGACCGUGCCGGGCACCACGCGCACCGUCAGCCUACCGGACCUCAGGCCCGGCACCACCUACCACGUGGAGGUCCACGGGGUGCGGGCAGGGCAGACCUCCAAGUCCUACGCCUUCAUCACCACCACAGGGUCCUCUCCCUCAGGCCUUUUGGUGGCCACGGAUGAGCCUCCUCCCUCAGGCCCUUCAACCACUCAAGGGGCCCGGGCCCCUGAACUACAGCAGCGCCCCCAGGAACUAGGAGAGUUGAGGGUGCUGGGCAAAGACAAGACAGGGCACCUCCGCGUCGCUUGGACUGCUCAGCCUGACACGUUUGCCCACUUCCAGCUGCGCCUCCGGGUGCCCGAGGGGCCAGGGGCACAUGAGGAACUACUGCCAGGGGACGUCCGCCAGGCUCUGGUGCCCUCACCACCUCCCGGCGUCCCCUAUGAGCUGUCGCUUCGUGGGGUCCCCCCGGAGGGCGAGUCCUCUGCCCCUCUUAUCUACCAAGGCAUUAUGGACAGGGAUGGGGCAAAGCCUGGGAAGCCCUUGGCCCCGCCACAUCUGGGCGAGCUGACAGUGACUGGCAUGGCCUCCAACUCCCUGCUCCUGCAAUGGACGGUCCCUGAGGGCGAGUUCGACUCCUUCGUGAUCCAGUACAAGGACAGGGACGGGCCCCAGGUUGUCCCUGUGGAGGGGUCCCAGCGCUCGGCCCUCAUCACCAACCUGGACCUUGGCCGCAAGUACAAAUUUGUGCUAUAUGGGCUCCUGGGCAAGAAGAGGCAUGGCCCCCUGGUGGCUGAAGCCAAGAUCUUGCCUCAGAGUGAUCCCAGCCCAGUGACUCCACCCCGCCUGGGAAAGCUGUGGGUGACAGAUCCCACCCCAGAUUCACUGCACCUCUCUUGGACUGUCCCUGAGGGCCAGUUUGACUCCUUCGUAGUCCAAUACAGGGACAGGAACGGACAGCCCCAGCUGGUGCCCGUGGAAGGGCCUGAGCGCUCGGUCAUUGUCUCCUCCCUGGACCCUGACCACAAGUACAGGUUCACUCUGUUUGGGAUUGCCAACAAGAAGCGGCACGGCCCCCUCACAGCUGAUGGCACCACAGCCUCAGAGAAGAGAGAGGAGCUCCUCCACCCAGAGUCCCCAGAGCGGCCCCUGCUGGGGGAACUGAUGGUGACUCAUGCGACCCCAGACUCCCUGCGCCUGUCCUGGACAGUGACCCAGGGCUCCUUCGACUCCUUCAUGGUCCAGUACAAGGACGCGCAGGGGCAGUCCCAGGCAGUGCCCGUCAGGGGUGAUGAGAAUGAGGUCACCAUUCCUGGCCUGGAGUCGCACCGGAAGUAUAAGAUGAACCUCUAUGGGCUUCAUGGCAGGCAGCGUGUGGGGCCUGUGUCUGUGGUGGCCGUCACAGCCCCCCAGGAGGUUGUGGAGGAGACACCCAGCCCCACCGAGGUGGAGGAGACCCCCAGCCCCACAGAGCCCAGCACAGAGGCCCCAGAGUCCCCCGAGGAGCCCCUGCUGGGGGAGCUGACAGUGACAGGAUCUUCCCCAGACUCGCUGAGCCUCUCGUGGACCGUCCUCCAGGGCCACUUCGACUCCUUCACUGUCCAGUACAAGGACAGGGACGGGCGGCCCCAGGUGGUGCGUGUCGGGGGUGAGGAGAGUGAGGUCACCGUCGGGGGCCUGGAGCCGGGGCGCAAGUACAAGAUGCACCUGUAUGGCCUGCACGGGGGGCAGCGCUGGGGCCCCGUGUCCACCGUGGGCGUGACUGCUCCACAACCGGAAGAGACUCCAGCCACGGAGCCCCCCCUGGAGCCACACCUGGGAGAGCUGAGAGUGACAGAUGUGACCCCCAACUCCAUGGGCCUCGCAUGGACAGUCCCAGAGGGCCAGUUUGACUCCUUCAUGGUCCAGUACAAGGACAGGGACGGGCAGCCCCAGGUGGUGCCUGUGACCUCAGACCAGCGUGAGGUCACCAUCCCCGGCCUGGAGCCUGCACGCAAAUACAAGAUGAACUUCUAUGGGCUACAUGGUGGCCAGCGUGUGGGCCCCCUCUCUGUGGUAGCUGUGACUGCUCCCCUCCCUCCAGCCCCAACCACAGAGUCCCCCCAGGAGCCACGUCUCGGGGAGCUGACAGUGACAGACCUGACCCAGGAUUCUGUGAGCCUCUCGUGGACGGUCCCUGAGGGUGAAUUCGACUCCUUUGUGGUCCAGUACAAGGACAGGGAUGGGCAGCCCCAGGUGGUGCCUGUGGCCGCAGACCAGCGCGAGGUCACCAUCCCUGGCCUGGAGCCCAGUAGGAAAUACAAGUUCCUGCUCUUUGGGAUUCAGGAUGGGAAAAGACGCAGCCCAGUUUCCGUGGAGGCAAAGACAGCUGCCCAAGGUGACGCCAGCUUUGGGGCCCCGCCCCGCCUUGGGGAGCUAUGGGUGACAGAUCCCACCCUGGACUCGCUGCGCCUCUCCUGGACAGUCCCCGAGGGCCACUUUGACUCCUUUGUCGUCCAGUUCAAGGACAGGGACGGGCCCCAAGUGGUGCCUGUGGAGGGCCAUGAGCGCUCAGUCACCAUCACCCCUCUGGACACUGGCCGCAAGUACAGAUUCCUCCUUUAUGGGCUCCUGGGCAAGAGGCGCCAUGGCCCCCUCACUGCCGAAGGCACCACAGAGAUCCGGAGUGCGGUGGAUGAUGCUAAAGCAAAGCAUCCCCUAAAGCCCCGUCUUGGGGAGGAGCUACAGGUGACCAGCGUGACCCCAGACUCUGUGAGCCUCUCGUGGACAGUCCCUGAGGGCCAGUUUGACUCCUUUGUGAUCCAGUACAAGGACAGAGACGGGCAGCCGCAGGUGGUGCCUGUGGAGGGCAGCCUCAGGGAGGUCCGCAUCCCAGGCCUGGACCCAAACCGCAGGUAUAAGCUCCUGCUGUACGGACUGCACCAGGGCAAACGUGUGGGUCCCAUCUCUGCCAUCGCCAUGACUGCCUCCAGAGAAGAUAUCGAAACCGAGGCCCUAGGUCCUCCAGGGCCUGAGCCCCGCCUAGGGGAGGUGACUGUGGAGGAAGCCACGCCAGACACCUUGCAUCUCUCCUGGACAGUGAUGGAGGGAGAUUUUGACUCCUUUGAGGUCCAGUACACAGACAAAGAUGGGCAACUCCAAGUAGUCAAAGUAGGUGGUGACCGGAAUGACAUCAUCCUUACUGGCCUGGAAUCUGACCACAGAUACCCAGUGACCCUGUAUGGUUUCCAUGGCCAGCAGCGUGUGGGUCCUGCCCACAUUGAGGCCCUCACAGUCCCAAGGGAAGAGGAGGAUGAACCUUCAGAACCUCCCAUCAAGCCACAGCUGGGGCAGCUGGCAGUGACAGACGCCACCCCUGACUCCCUGCACCUCUCCUGGACUGUCCCCGAGGGCCAGUUUGACCACUUCCUGGUCCAGUACAAGAACGGGGAUGGGCAGCCCAAGGCGGUGAGGGUGCCAGGGAAUGAGGACCAGGUCACCAUCUCAGGCCUGGAGCCAGACCACAAGUACAAGAUGAACCUGUAUGGCUUCCACGGUGGCCAGCGCAUGGGCCCCGUCUCUGCCUUUGGGGUGACGGCUGCAGAGGAAGAGACCCCAACCUCUACUGAGGUGGAAGAGACCCCCAGCCCCACAGAGCCCAGCACGGAGGCCCCAGAGUCCCCCGAGGAGCCCCUGCUGGGGGAGCUGACAGUGACAGGAUCAUCCCCAGACUCGCUGAGCCUCUCGUGGACCGUCCCCCAGGGCCACUUCGACUCCUUCACUGUCCAGUACAAGGACAGGGACGGGCGGCCCCAGGUGGUGCGUGUCGGGGGUGAGGAGAGUGAGGUCACCGUCGGGGGCCUGGAGCCGGGGCGCAAGUACAAGAUGCACCUGUAUGGCCUGCACAGGGGGCAGCGCUGGGGCCCCGUGUCCACUGUGGGCGUGACUGCUCCAGAAUAUGAAGCCAUGACCACCCAAGCCCCGUCCACCAUGGCCCUUGAGCCUCCCAUGAAGCCACGGCUGGGGCAGCUGGCAGUGACAGACGCCACCCCCGACUCCCUGCACCUCUCCUGGACUGUCCCCGAGGGCCAGUUUGACCACUUCCUGGUCCAGUACAAGAACGGGGAUGGGCAGCCCAAGGCGGUGAGGGUGCCAGGGAAUGAGGACCAGGUCACCAUCUCAGGCCUGGAGCCAGACCACAAGUACAAGAUGAACCUGUAUGGCUUCCACGGUGGCCAGCGCAUGGGCCCCGUCUCUGCCUUUGGGGUGACGGCUGCAGAGGAAGAGACCCCAACCUCUACUGAGGUGGAAGAGACCCCCAGCCCCACAGAGCCCAGCACGGAGGCCCCAGAGUCCCCCGAGGAGCCCCUGCUGGGGGAGCUGACAGUGACAGGAUCAUCCCCAGACUCGCUGAGCCUCUCGUGGACCGUCCCCCAGGGCCACUUCGACUCCUUCACUGUCCAGUACAAGGACAGGGACGGGCGGCCCCAGGUGGUGCGUGUCAGGGGUGAGGAGAGUGAGGUCACCGUCGGGGGCCUGGAGCCGGGGCGCAAGUACAAGAUGCACCUGUAUGGCCUGCACAGGGGGCAGCGCUGGGGCCCCGUGUCCACUGUGGGCGUGACUGCUCCAGAAUAUGAAGCCAUGACCACCCAAGCCCCGUCCACCAUGGCCCUUGAGCCUCCCAUGAAGCCACGGCUGGGGCAGCUGGCAGUGACAGACGCCACCCCUGACUCCCUGCACCUCUCCUGGACUGUCCCCGAGGGCCAGUUUGACCACUUCCUGGUCCAGUACAAGAACGGGGAUGGGCAGCCCAAGGCGGUGAGGGUGCCAGGGAAUGAGGACCAGGUCACCAUCUCAGGCCUGGAGCCAGACCACAAGUACAAGAUGAACCUGUAUGGCUUCCACGGUGGCCAGCGCAUGGGCCCCGUCUCUGCCUUUGGGGUGACGGCUGCAGAGGAAGAGACCCCAACCUCUACUGAGGUGGAAGAGACCCCCAGCCCCACAGAGCCCAGCACGGAGGCCCCAGAGUCCCCCGAGGAGCCCCUGCUGGGGGAGCUGACAGUGACAGGAUCAUCCCCAGACUCGCUGAGCCUCUCGUGGACCGUCCCCCAGGGCCACUUCGACUCCUUCACUGUCCAGUACAAGGACAGGGACGGGCGGCCCCAGGUGGUGCGUGUCGGGGGUGAGGAGAGUGAGGUCACCGUCGGGGGCCUGGAGCCGGGGCGCAAGUACAAGAUGCACCUGUAUGGCCUGCACAGGGGGCAGCGCUGGGGCCCCGUGUCCACUGUGGGCGUGACUGCUCCAGAAUAUGAAGCCAUGACCACCCAAGCCCCGUCCACCAUGGCCCUUGAGCCUCCCAUGAAGCCACGGCUGGGGCAGCUGGCAGUGACAGACGCCACCCCCGACUCCCUGCACCUCUCCUGGACUGUCCCCGAGGGCCAGUUUGACCACUUCCUGGUCCAGUACAAGAACGGGGAUGGGCAGCCCAAGGCGGUGAGGGUGCCAGGGAAUGAGGACCAGGUCACCAUCUCAGGCCUGGAGCCAGACCACAAGUACAAGAUGAACCUGUAUGGCUUCCACGGUGGCCAGCGCAUGGGCCCCGUCUCUGCCUUUGGGGUGACGGCUGCAGAGGAAGAGACCCCAACCUCUACUGAGGUGGAAGAGACCCCCAGCCCCACAGAGCCCAGCACGGAGGCCCCAGAGUCCCCCGAGGAGCCCCUGCUGGGGGAGCUGACAGUGACAGGAUCAUCCCCAGACUCGCUGAGCCUCUCGUGGACCGUCCCCCAGGGCCACUUCGACUCCUUCACUGUCCAGUACAAGGACAGGGACGGGCGGCCCCAGGUGGUGCGUGUCAGGGGUGAGGAGAGUGAGGUCACCGUCGGGGGCCUGGAGCCGGGGCGCAAGUACAAGAUGCACCUGUAUGGCCUGCACAGGGGGCAGCGCUGGGGCCCCGUGUCCACUGUGGGCGUGACUGAUCCUGAAGGGGAGCCCCCUGCCAGUACCCUUCUGAAGCCACACUUGGGAGAGCUAGCAGUGACGGACGCCACCCCCGACUCCCUGCACCUCUCCUGGACUGUCCCCGAGGGCCAGUUUGACCACUUCCUGGUCCAGUACAAGAACGGGGAUGGGCAGCCCAAGGCGGUGAGGGUGCCAGGGAAUGAGGACCAGGUCACCAUCUCAGGCCUGGAGCCAGACCACAAGUACAAGAUGAACCUGUAUGGCUUCCACGGUGGCCAGCGUGUGGGCCCCGUCUCCACUGUUGGCUUAACUGUCUCUUUAUCUCCUGAUCCAGCCCCAGGAAAGGACCAAGAAAUGCCAGCGCCAACAGACUCACCCACCAUGACUCCCAAGCCUCCCAUCAAGCCACGGCUGGGGCAGUUGGCAGUGACAGACGCCACCCCCGACUCCCUGCACCUCUCCUGGACUGUCCCCGAGGGCCAGUUUGACCACUUCCUGGUCCAGUACAAGAACGGGGAUGGGCAGCCCAAGGCGGUGAGGGUGCCAGGGAAUGAGGACCAGGUCACCAUCUCAGGCCUGGAGCCAGACCACAAGUACAAGAUGAACCUGUAUGGCUUCCACGGUGGCCAGCGCAUGGGCCCCGUCUCUGCCUUUGGGGUGACGGCUGCAGAGGAAGAGACCCCAACCUCUACUGAGGUGGAGGAGACCCCCAGCCCCACAGAGCCCAGCACGGAGGCCCCAGAGUCCCCCGAGGAGCCCCUGCUGGGGGAGCUGACAGUGACAGGAUCGUCCCCAGACACGCUGAGCCUCUCGUGGACCGUCCCCCAGGGCCACUUCGACUCCUUCACUGUCCAGUACAAGGACAGGGACGGGCGGCCCCAGGUGGUGCGUGUCGGGGGUGAGGAGAGUGAGGUCACCGUCGGGGGCCUGGAGCCGGGGCGCAAGUACAAGAUGCACCUGUAUGGCCUGCACAGGGGGCAGCGCUGGGGCCCUGUGUCCACUGUGGGCCUGACUGCCCCCCAGGAGGUUGUGGAGGAGACCCCCAGCCCCACAGAGCCCAGCACGGAGGCCCCAGAGUCCCCCGAGGAGCCCCUGCUGGGGGAGCUGACAGUGACAGGAUCAUCCCCAGACUCGCUGAGCCUCUCGUGGACCGUCCCCCAGGGCCACUUCGACUCCUUCACUGUCCAGUACAAGGACAGGGACGGGCGGCCCCAGGUGGUGCGUGUCGGGGGUGAGGAGAGUGAGGUCACCGUCGGGGGCCUGGAGCCGGGGCGCAAGUACAAGAUGCACCUGUAUGGCCUGCACAGGGGGCAGCGCUGGGGCCCCGUGUCCACUGUGGGCGUGACUGCUCCAGAAUAUGAAGCCAUGACCACCCAAGCCCCGUCCACCAUGGCCCUUGAGCCUCCCAUGAAGCCACGGCUGGGGCAGCUGGCAGUGACAGACGCCACCCCCGACUCCCUGCACCUCUCCUGGACUGUCCCCGAGGGCCAGUUUGACCACUUCCUGGUCCAGUACAAGAACGGGGAUGGGCAGCCCAAGGCGGUGAGGGUGCCAGGGAAUGAGGACCAGGUCACCAUCUCAGGCCUGGAGCCAGACCACAAGUACAAGAUGAACCUGUAUGGCUUCCACGGUGGCCAGCGCAUGGGCCCCGUCUCUGCCUUUGGGGUGACGGCUGCAGAGGAAGAGACCCCAACCUCUACUGAGGUGGAGGAGACCCCCAGCCCCACAGAGCCCAGCACGGAGGCCCCAGAGUCCCCCGAGGAGCCCCUGCUGGGGGAGCUGACAGUGACAGGAUCGUCCCCAGACACGCUGAGCCUCUCGUGGACCGUCCCCCAGGGCCACUUCGACUCCUUCACUGUCCAGUACAAGGACAGGGACGGGCGGCCCCAGGUGGUGCGUGUCGGGGGUGAGGAGAGUGAGGUCACCGUCGGGGGCCUGGAGCCGGGGCGCAAGUACAAGAUGCACCUGUAUGGCCUGCACAGGGGGCAGCGCUGGGGCCCCGUGUCCACCGUGGGUGUGACUGCCUCCCAGCCCACAGAGCCCCCUGUGGCACCCCGCCUAGGGGAGCUGGCUGUGGUAGCCGUGACCUCUGACACAGUGCACCUCUCAUGGACCGUGGCCCAGGGCGUCUUCGACUCCUUCCUGGUCCAGUACAAGGAUGUGCAGGGGCGGCCCCAGGCAGUGCCUGUGGGUGGACACCUGCGUGAGAUCACCAUUCCGGGUCUGGCCCCCGGCCGGAAGUACAAGUUCCUACUCUUUGGACUCCAGGAUGAGAAGCGGCAUGGCCCUAUAGCUGCAGAUGCAAAGACCCCCCCAGACACAAAACCUCCCCGCCUGGGGGAGCUGACAGUGACAGACCUGACCCCGGACUCUGUGAGCCUCUCAUGGACAGUCCCUGAGGGUGAAUUUGACUCCUUCGUGGUCCAGUACAAGGACAGAGAUGGGCAGCCCCAGGUGGUGCCUGUGGCCUCAGACCAGCGCGAGGUCACCAUCUCGGGCCUGGAGCCCAGUAGGAAAUACAAGUUCCUGCUCUAUGGGCUGGCCGGUAGGAAGCGGCUGGGCCCCAUCUCUGCUGAUGGCACCACAGCUCCCCUGCAGAAGGAGCAGCAGCGCCCGCCCCGCCUGGGGGAGCUGACAGUGACAGAUGAGACCCCAGACUCCCUGCGCCUCUCAUGGACAGUGGCCCAGGGCCUCUUUGAUUCCUUUGUGGUCCAGUACAGGGACACAGCUGGGCAGCCCCGGGCAGUGCCUGUGGCCGAAGACCAGCGGGAAGUCACCAUAGAGGGCCUGGAGCCUGGCAGGAAAUACAAGUUUCUGCUCUAUGGGAUCCACGGAGGACAGCGCCUGGGCCCCAUCUCCGUCCUGGGAGUGACAGCCCCAGAAGAGGACACGCCAGCCCCCUGGCGCCCAGCCACAGAGGCCCCCGAGCACCCUGAAGGGCCCCAGCUAAGGACACUGGCAGUGAGCAACAUAACCCCAGACUCCCUGCACCUCUCGUGGAGUGUGGCUCAGGGCCCCUUUGACUCCUUCGUGGUCCAGUAUCAGGACACGGAUGGGCAGCCUCAGGCCUUGCUCGUGGAUGGCAACCAGAACAAGGUCCUAGUGUCGGGCCUGGAGCCCAGCACCUCCUACAGGUUCUUCCUCUAUGGCCUCCAUGAAGGGAAGCGCCUGGGGCCCAUCUCAGCUGAGGGCACCACAGGGCCUGCUCCUGCCGGUCAGACCCCAGGGGAGCCAGGGCCCCGCCUGUCCCAGCUGUCGGUGACUGAUGUGACCACCAGUUCGCUGCGGCUCAACUGGGAGGCCCCAUCUGGGGCCUUUGACUCCUUCCUGCUCCGCUUUGGGGUCCCAUCACCAAGCACUCUGGAGCCCCACCUGCGUCCCCUGCUGCAGAGGGAGCUGAUGGUACCAGGGACACGGCGCUCAGCGGUGCUACGGGACCUGCGUCCGGGAACCCUAUACACCCUUACGUUGUAUGGGCUGCGUGGGCCCCACAAGGCCGACAGCAUGCAGGGCACGGCCCGCACCCUUAGCCCAGUUCUGGAAAGCCCCCGUGACCUUCAAUUCAGCGAAAUCAGGGAAACUUCGGCCCUGGUCAGCUGGACGCCUCCACCAUCCAGAGUGGACAGUUUCAAAGUUUCCUACCAGCUGGCAGACGGAGGGGAGCCACAGAGCGUGCAGGUGGAUGGCCGAGCCCGGACCCAGAAACUCAAGGGGCUGAUCCCAGGCUCUCACUACGAGGUGACGGUGGUCUCCGUCCGUGGCUUUGAGGAGAGCGAGCCACUCACAGGCUUCCUCACCACAGUUCCUGACGGCCCCACCCAGCUUCGUGCGCUGAACUUGACGGAGGGAUCCGCUCUGCUGCACUGGCAGCCCCCCCAGACCCCUGUGGACACAUAUGACGUCCGUGUCACAGCCCCAGGGGCCCCCCCACUGCAGGGCUCAACCCCUGGCAGUGCUGUGGACUACCCUCUGGGUGGCCUUGUGCUCCACACCAACUACACGGCGACGGUACGGGGUCUUCGGGGCCCCAACUUCACCUCCCCGGCCAGCAUCACCUUCACCACAGGGUUGGAGGCCCCCCAAGACUUGGAGGCCAAGGAAGUGACCCCCCGCACGGCCCUGCUCACUUGGACUGAGCCCCAAGUCCCGCCGACUAGCUACCUGCUCAGUUUCAACACCCCUGGUGGACAGACCCAGGAGAUCCUGCUCCCAGGAGGGGUCACCUCUCACCAGCUCCUGGGCCUCUUUCCCUCCACCCCGUACAGCGUGUGGCUCCGAGCUAUGUGGGGCGAGAGCCUCACACCGCCCGUGUCCACCUCCUUCACCACCGGUGGACUCCGGAUUCCCUUCCCUCGGGACUGUGGGGAAGAGAUGCAGAACGGAGCCAGCACCUCAAGGGCCACCACCAUCUUCCUCAAUGGCAACCGCGAGCGGCCCCUGAAUGUGUUUUGUGACAUGGAGACCGACGGGGGCGGCUGGCUGGUGUUCCAGCGCCGCAUGGACGGACAGACUGACUUCUGGAGGGACUGGGAGGACUAUGCCCAUGGCUUUGGGAACAUCUCUGGGGAGUUCUGGCUGGGCAACGAGGCCCUGCACAGCUUGACAAAAGCUGGCGACUACUCCAUGCGCGUGGACCUGCGGGCUGGGGACGAGGCCGUGUUUGCGCAGUACGACUCUUUCCGAGUAGACUCUGCUCCCGAGUACUACCGCCUCCAUCUGGAGGGCUACCAUGGCACAGCAGGGGACUCCAUGAGCUACCACAGCGGCAGUGUCUUUUCUGCCCGUGAUCGAGACCCCAACAACUUGCUCAUCUCCUGCGCCGUCUCGUACCGUGGCGCCUGGUGGUACAGGAACUGCCACUAUGCCAACCUCAACGGGCUCUAUGGGAGCACAGUGGACCACCAGGGGGUGAGCUGGUACUACUGGAAAGGCUUCGAGUUCUCUGUACCCUUCACGGAAAUGAAGCUGAGACCAAGAAGCUACCGGCCCCCAGCGGCCCGGGAAGGCUGACCACUGCUCACCUCUCCGGCGCCCCAGUAUGACUGCCG